AUGAAAGUCAUCAAACACGAAGAUGGCUCUACUCCCCUCUGGGAACUCUCCACGGGCCCAGGCCACAGCCACGGCCAUGACGACCGCGACUACGACUACGAGAACGUCCCCGGCUUCACAGAACCCCUGGAACAGUCAAAGCUCCUCGAGAGCUCAAAAUCACGUACCAAAGAUGAAGGUGAAGAAGGCGCACCAGCCGGUCCUGGAAAGCUCUACAUUAUCAGCCCAUCUAUAUACCUCACCGGAUACGUGUCCAUGGUCGUCGUCACCACUAUAGCCUGCAUUAUCCUCGCGCGGACGAACCCUGGUGCAUUGCAGUAUACUGCUAUUGUGACUGUAAUCGUGGGUACAUCCGGCAUCUUCUGUACAUUCGGACUAGACCUGUACCUCCCAAGAUCCAAAUCGCAGAGCGACCCCACGCCGUCAACAGCAUCGUAUAUCUUGGUCAUUGCGAGGAAUGUCGUGUGGCUAGCUGUCUCUGUUGCCAUGCUGGUAACGGGUGCCAUGGCAGAUGAUUCAGACGACCGCUCGAAAUCGAAACUUGCGAAACGGCGCGGGAGUGGUAGUGGGCGUGGGAAUAACCCGCCGCCGCCGCUGAGGGAUCUGGCGGUUGCUUGUGGGUGUGUGGGGGUUGUUGUGUUUUUUGCUACGCUUGUAUACUGGUAUCCGGUGGUGGUGGCGAGGUAUCGCAAGUACUCGAAGGAGGAGAUGAGGAGUAUGUAUGAGGGGUUGCUUUUGAAGGAGGGAGGUAAGAAGAGUGUGAGGGCGUUGUGGCGGGCAAUCAGGCAUUAA